CGAGAGAGGAACAAGCAAAGAACCCAAGACGGGUCUUGCAAUCUUCUCUCGAGUCUCCUCUGUUUCAGAGUCUUCCACCAUGGGUUUCCCAGUAGGUUACACAGAGCUCUUCCUUCCAAAGCUCCUUGUUCAUACCCUUUCCUUCCUGGGUUUCAUCAGAAAACUCAUAUGUUGGCUAUUUCGAUUCGUGGGUUUGGGGGAUUUUCUCGAGCCCGACAUUGCUUGGACUGACCGUCCUUCAAAUCCCACUGAAUUUCAUUCUGUAUCUGCUGUUCUGAUCCGGGAAAUCCUACCGGUAGUGAAGUUUGAUGACUUGAUCUCUUCCGGCGAUGGUCAAACGCCGGACAGCUGCGCUGUUUGUUUGUAUGAGUUCGAGGGCGGAGAAGAGAUCAGACAGUUGACGAAUUGCCGACAUAUCUUCCACAGGUGCUGCUUGGAUCGUUGGAUGGAUCAUGAUCAGAAAACUUGCCCACUCUGUAGAACCCCUUUCAUACCUGACGAGUUGCAGGAAGCCUUCAACGAGCGUCUCUGGGCUGCUUCUGGUAUUCCCGAUUUCUACGGCGAGUAUUCUUCGGUUUCAAGUUUGUAGAUUUUGAUUUUGAACAGACGGGGAGAGAGAAAAAAAGGGUUGAGUUGAGAGACUUAAAUGUAUAUAUAAGGUGGGGGAAAAUCACAGAAUCCGGUAAAGAUAUGGUUUUUGUAUACGCUUUUCUUUAUUUUAAUCUUCUAAUGAAACUCAGAAAUUUAGUUAUCUCAAA